AUGAAGGAUACAAAAAACUACAGUGCCUUUUCUCAGUAUUGGGGAAAUUAUAGUAAAAUAAAGGUAGAAAGUCUUGACACAGAAUUGUCUCGGAUUGCAAACUCAGGCGACGUUAAAAAGUUUAGAGAGUGGGUAAUGGUGAAAGGUGCAGUUAUAAAAAGCCCUGGUAAAUCUAAAUCACUGCUUCACUAUGCUGUUACUUGCAAAAGUAGUAAAGAUACAGAUAGUAAAAGUAUAAACGAAGUAACAGGGAUCAUCAGUGCUGUGUUGCAAUCUGGUAUGGAUGACAUUAAUCACCAAGAUGAAAAUGGUAAUACUCCUUUAAUGCAUUUAUUAUGUCAAGCGCAAACAGUGCCAAAAAGUAAGUACAUGGCUCAAGAUAUAGAAGCUCUAAAAGAGAAAAUAAAAUUUUUGGUAGAACGUGGCGCUAGUUUUGAGUUAAAAAACAAUAAUCAGAAGACUCCUGAUGAUCUAAUAACUGUCUUAAUAAAUGAAGAGAUUUUAGACAAUGGAAUUGAUGGGGUUACAAAUAAGGCUCAAAAAUCUUCAAAUUUACCGAAUCAAAUUAAAGAACAACUUAGCAAGUAUAUUAUAAACAAUGGAAAACCAAUUAUUCGCGAAGUUGCUGUAUACGGCAAUUAUGCACAAAUUAAGUUGAGCAGUGAUGGUGCAGAAGUAAAAAUAAGUGAGUUUUUACAGGGUAAUUUUUGUAAGAAUAAUGGAAUUUCAGGAUUUUCAACAUUUUAUAAUGAUGAUAAGGGUGGAAUGCAUGGCUUCCUAUCACCGAAUGGAGUAAGAAACUAUACUGUCACUGAUGGUUCAUAUGAAAUGACGUUAGACUGGAUUGUUGGUGACGGGAAAUGCACUAUUACAAUCAAUAUAAGUAAGGAUAGUAUAGUAGUGGUUGAUAAAGAUGGUUUAAUAGUGGAAGGCAGAAAUGGUCUUACUGAUGAACAGUUGAAAGCGAACAAAUACGUAACAAUAAACGGUGUAUCUUUAUUUAACGCAAUAAAUAGUGGAAGAAAUAGGGAGCAAAAGAUAGAACGGGAGAGUAUGCAAGAAGUAGGCGAAGUAGUAUCAAAUGCUUUAUUAAGUAGUCAGCAGAUUUACAAAAACAAAGCACCUUCUCAGCUUGAUGUGCAACGCGGAUCUGUUACAAGUGCAUACGAUAACCCGCUGGAAGACUUGCACUUUCAAAGUGGUUCAGAUAGGUCAGAAGAUAUAAGUUCAGGUGUUAUUAGUACUCUUACUGCACAGCUUGAUGAGCAAGCCAAAUCGUUUAAUGUAGUAGAUGGUAGCAUGAUGACAAGAUUGCCAUCGGAAAGCGAAUUUCAAGCUAAGGUAAAUUCAAAGAAGGGAAGUACUCCUAAAGUUACUGGGCGGCUUGAUCCAGGGAAUACAAGUCCUCCUACAUCUAUUGAUAUAGGUAUAAAUACUCCAGGUACUUCUAAUGUACCUAAACUUAUUAAAUAUAAGCAAUAUUAUAAUAACUUGAUGCCAGCAGAAAAAUCUCGAAAUAGGGGUGUUCUAAGGGGUAUAAAUCCUAAAUUUAAAGAAUUAGAUUCUGGCUUUUCAUCUCCUACUGACAAUGCUAAACAUAAGCGUAUAGUAGAUCGAAGCGUAGGGAAGGAAUUUAAUCAUGAGUUGCAGGGAAAAUUUACACAGCCGAACAUGGGAUUGAAAUCACCUAGUACUAGUAAUUCUCAAACUAAGCAGUCAGAAUCCCACUUUUCAUCCCCUGCUACUGAUAGUAAUUUAGCUAUAUCAGAUCUGGAAGGAUUAGAAGCAAAGCUACUACUUUUGAAGCAAGGGCAAGGUAUAGAACAACCAUUUGCUCGUGUUUUAGCUCAGAUGAAAAAUAAGAAUGGGGGGGCUAUAUUGAAGUGGAUGGAGAAUAAAAGGGUGGAGAGUGGAUUGAAGCCUGCUGAAAGGCGUGAAAUGACUAAGCAACAAGCUCUAGAAUGCUUAUACUUAUAUAGCGCAGAUGAUUAUAGUGCCCCAGCGCAUAAAGGAAAAGUGAGAGAAAAGCCUACUAACGGUUAUGAUAAGAAUCGAGUUGGAUUGGCGAAUGAACUUAAUAAACAGAGAGAUUUUUUACGUACAUCGGGGGGAAAGUUAGAUGAUAAAUCUAGCGAGCCAGCUCCACGUGUAUUAAAAUUAAUGCGUAACAAUCAUCUAGGAAACAAGAAAGGGGGGAGAAAUACGUUUUAA